AUGACCAAGUUCGAAGCUGUUCGCAUUGCCUCCGUGCUCGUUAGCUCCCUUCCAGUAUGCUCGGGUCGAACUUCCAUUGCCCUCGACGCCGACGAAAAUAUUUCGUUUGCUUCUGGCCACCCUGGCCAACCUGUCCAGCAUGCAUAUCUCCAUCCCUCCUUCACGCACAACCGACGGAUAUGCUCACCGUGCGCAGCCGCAUACACCAAUACGGAACCACUCACGCAAGUCUGCAAGCAAGCCUUCCUCAUCUUCAUCACACCGGUCCUAUGA